CCCGCCGCCGGCCUCCGAGACGCGCCGCCCUGACAGUUUGAGUUUACUUUUUGUCUUAGUUGGCAACGCGGAAGGAUGUCGGAGACCGCGCCAGUCGCUCCUGUGGCGCCUGCGCCCGCAGAGAAGGCACCUGUGAAGAAGAAGGCGAAGAAGAGCGGCGCUGCCGCCGGGAAGCGCAAGGCGUCCGGGCCGCCGGUGUCCGAGCUCAUCACCAAGGCCGUGGCCGCCUCCAAGGAGCGCAGCGGCGUGUCCCUGGCCGCGCUCAAGAAGGCGCUGGCGGCCGCCGGCUACGACGUGGAGAAGAACAACAGCCGCAUCAAGCUGGGCCUCAAGAGCCUGGUGAGCAAGGGCACCCUGGUGCAGACCAAGGGCACCGGCGCCUCGGGCUCGUUCAAGCUCAACAAGAAGGCGGCGUCCGGGGAGGCCAAGCCCAAAGCCAAGAAAGCGGGCGCGGCCAAGCCCAAGAAGGCUGCCGGGGCGGCCAAGAAAGCCAAGAAGGCCGCGGGGGCCGGCACCCCCAAGAAGAACGCCAAGAAGACUCCGAAGAAGGCGAAGAAGCCCGCGGCGGCGGCGGCUGCGGGCAAGAAAGUGGCCAAGAGCCCGAAGAAGGUGAAAGCGGCCAAACCGAAGAAGGCGGCCAAAAGCCCCUCCAAGGCCAAGGCCCCGAAGCCCAAAGCGGCCAAGCCCAAAGCUGCCAAGCCUAAGGCGACAAAGGCAAAGAAAGCUGCGCCUAAGAAGAAGUGAAGGUUGUAGCGGCAUGUCCUGCCUCCGCGUUCUCAAAGGCUCUUUUCAGAGCCACCCAACUAUUUCAAGUGGAAGAGCUUAACUGGUAUCUUUAAGCUAACGUCCUGGGUAAGGAAGACCACCGCUGUCUUAGUGUUCUGCACCCAGAGGACGAGGGAACAGGAAGCUCAUUCCCAGUCACCGUGUUUCAUCACUGACCAUGUCCCUGGGAUGGUCUCCCUUGAGGGUCUCUUGAAAUGCUCAUGCUUGGGUUUCUGAUGCUCUCUUGGUGAACCAAGGUGGUCUGUCCGUUAUUGUUGCAAAAGCCCAGGUUUAGAAAAACCUGAGAGAUUGAUACUUACAGAUGGCAAACAUCAGACAGGAGCCCCUGUGAGUAGUUCUCUCAGAAGCACACAACCAGUCAAUCAAUCAAUCAAUCAAUAUAAAUACAAUUUUCAGGACCAGUCUGAAGUAACCACUUUCUCCUUCUGCUUAGUAAUUUCCUGACUUCUUAUAACGGGAGGCGGCACACUGAAUUCCUGUCACUGUAUUGAGGUCCCAAUUAUUCCUGUCACUCAGUCACUAAAUCAGGUUGAUGUUUAUUUAGAGUCUCGGUAAGUGAUCUUUCCGCCUUUCUCACAUGCUUUCUGUAUCUUCUCCGUCUUGGGAUGAUUCUACUGUUUCCUACCCAGGGUCCUAAUUCUAAUUUUUCCAGCCCCGAACUCUGCAAUUCUGGUCAUUCUGUGAUCUGUCUUAUGCAUAGGGUGACUGGCUUCCCAUUGCCUUAGGUUCAGGUGGGAACUUUGCAGUCAAUUUUUUUUUCAUAAUAAUACUUUCUGCUUGCAUUAACUAGCGCUAAUAACAACUCCAAUUUUCUUUUCAGUGCCUUCUCAUUUGUUCUUUUGUUUUUCUUUCUCUUUUUUUAAACAACUUUCUUCACCUGCCAUUCUCUCCUCUCUGCCUGGGAGAGUUUUCCCAAUUCCAUUUCAAGUUCCAUCUCCUUGAAUAAAUUCCCCUAAUUAACAUGUCUAGCCUCUGAUAAUGUGCUUUGAUGACAUUUAACAAUUGGGUGCCAUUAUCAUCAAUGGCAAAUUUAUAAUGCUUCUAUUCUUUUCUCUCAUUAAACUACACCUUAGGGCCUCAGUCAUGGUUUUCCACUACUCUAAGGUUCGUGUUUUUAAUUGACUAAGGUUUUUUGUUGUUUUUUUUUUCCCCAUAAGUGUUCUUUUUAAUCCUCAGUCUCGAUUUAACCCAUUACCCCCCGCCUCUGGUAACCACCAGUUGGUUCUCUAAAGAGUCUGCUUCUUGGUUGGUCUUUCUUUCUUUUUUCCGUUUUGUUCAUGUUUUGUUUCUUAAAUUCCACAUGGGAGUGAAAUCAUAUGAUGUUUGUCUUUCUCUGACUUAUUUCCCUUGGCAUUAUACUCUCUAGCUCCAUCCAAGUUGUUGCCAAAUGGCAAGAUUUCCUUCUGUUUUUAUGGCUGAAUAAUAUUCCAUUGUCUAUAUACCACAUCUACUUUAUUCAUUCAUCUAUCCAUGGACACCUGGGCUGCUUUCAUAGUUUGGCUAUUGUAAAUAAUGCUGCAAUAAACAAAGGAAUGCCUAUACCCCUUUGAAUUAGUGUUUUUUAAAAAAUCUUUUGGAUAAACACCCAGUAAUGUGAUUAUUGGGCCUUAAGGGAGUUCUAUUUUUAACCUUUUGAGGAACCUCCAUACUGUUUUCCACAGUGGCUGCACUAAUCUGCAUUCCCACCAACAGUGCGUGAGGGCUCCUUUUUCUCUACAUCCUAGCCAGCACCUGUUGAUUCUGGUGUCUUUGAUUUUCGCCAUUCUGCCAAGUGUGAGGCGAUAUCUCAUUUUAAUUGACUGAGUUUUUAAUCCUGUCCGAUAGGUGGGAUUAUCCCCAGAUAUUAAUCAGAAUUAGUAAUUUUAUUUUCUGUCUUUCUAUGAAGGAAGCCAAGAGUAAUAAAUCUCUCUGCCCCUUUUAUGCCCCUCUUCCCCAUGGCUUGACUUAGGUAUUACCUCCCUUACUUUCUGACUUGUGCUAUGCUGCCGAAGGUGUUGGGGUUACUACAAAAAGAAAACCAAAAAUAUUUAUAAGGCUUUCAUGGCAAAAAAAGUCUCCAGAUAUAAAAAAAUCAAUAUCCCUCUGCUGCCAGUUGCUGUAGGAAGUGUAUGCAAAAUGAAAUAAAACUUCUGAAUUGUCUUGAUUUUAGCUAUCAUUUCUAUAAGAGAAAGUUCCUGGCCAUUCGGAGAUUAUACAGUGAAGAAAAGUGAUGUAGUUUCAGGCAACCAGAUAAAGCCGAAAUGCAUAUACGACUUAAUUACCAGUAGGUACAUAUGAAAUGUGACCUGAGUCAUAAUUUGCGAUCUUUCUCCAAUAAAAUAAAAAUUCAUUAAAAGCAA